AUGAAUAAAAGAGAAGAAAUAGAAGAUGAAGAGAAGAGAAAGAAUGAAGAUAGGGAUGAAGAUUUAUAUUUUGAAAUGGAGUUCCCUGUACAGAAUCAGCAGUGGAGGGCGGGAACAAUAUGCUCCUCCUCCUCCCCGGAGUACGGGUCCAGGUCCACCCUGGACUCCAGAGAGUCACCCAGCAGGGACUCCAGGGAGAACAGCGCAGGUCCUAGUCGCCCUAACACCCUACUGAUACCUAAAAAGAAUAUGUUUGCUCGUGAGGGCCUCCUAUACAGCAGCCUACCCAGAGCAAAGAUGAAACCUCCAAAGAUUAAUUUCCAAAACUUCUCCGUCCCAAGUACUCCGAUGGAUGUUUGGGAGUUGGAGGAACCGAGCAGAAAUCUUCAUAUCUCCGAUUCUUUCUCUUCCGUUGAAGAACUAUCUCACAAAUCUUUAGCACUUCCAAACAGGUCGAAAAGUAGAUUGAGUCUAAACCUUUCUGAUUCUAGACCCAGCUCACCAAGCAAAUCCAAUCGAUCAAUUUCAAGGUUCCUACGGUCCUCGUUUACUAAACUAUGGGGGCGGAGAACCCCUGAACCUGAACCUCUCUCUCUGCCUUGUCUGACCUCCUAUCCUCCGCCCUCCGCCUCCUACGAGUACUCCCCGGGGUCGGAGCUAGACGAGGCGGACUUUCCCGCCACACCUCUUACAGAGCAUAUUGUCCAGCAGUCGAUGGCAAAAGGAAUGCCGAUAAUCCCGUUUGCCUGUCCUACCACGGUACUGGUGGAGAGAAGGAGAGAGAAGGAGUUGAAGGAAGCAAGGACCAAGUAUACUGGUUCAACAUCACAGGAGUUCUCCUCGCUUCUUGAUCUUCUUCCUCUACAGCUGAAGCAGCAGCUGGAACAAGAUCAACAACAUCGGUAUCAUCAACAUCAUCAUCAUAAUCAUCAUCAAGAGCAACAACAGCAAUCACAAGAACAACAACAGCAAUCACAAGAACAACAACAUCGACAGCCUCAACAACAUCAACCUCAACAACAACAACAAAAUGUUAAAAAUCUGUUAUUUCCGGAUCAUUUUGUACUUCCAGGAGGAGAACUGAGGAUGGCUAAAAGUGCUCCUGCGAGCAGGAAAACAAGUCGGGGUGAAGAUCAGCAGCAUAUAAUAGAGCAGGAGAAGGAAGAGAAACAGGAUGAAAAGGAGGAACAGGAUGAGGAAGGGGAGGACAGGAGUUUAAACAGUCUCCUGACAAUAGCAAAACAGGAGCUGGAGCAGGAAACUAAUCUUAGAAAGAAAUCCAGUGUUACGGGAUAUGCCGCAAACAAUUCCCGUGCACUGCAUCGAAGACGAAGCUCCGAUGCGCUGUACGUUCGAAUGUGUUUUGACUCGGGAAACAAAUGUUUGGAAACAGGAGAGGAGGAACCAGAAUUCCGGCUUCAUGACUUGGUCAAUAAAUAUCGGGAUUCUACAAAUGACGAAAGACCGCCAAGGUUUGUUGAUAUCAGACAGGAUUAUAAAAAUGGACGAUCUUUUCCAGAAUGGACGAAGUACACCAAUAAUGACACAUCGUCUAGGGAUGUUUGGAACCGUGGGGACUCAAAGAUGGAGAAAUCUACGAACCUAAAUCCUGGAAAAUCAAGUGAUGACCAUGAAGAUUAUUUACCAAUGAAUAUUGGGAAAAAAUUUGAUAAAUUAAGAUAUUUUAGGACUCAAGGUUGUUCAACAGAGGAGUAAAUAUUAGUUUCAAACAAUAAUUAAAAAAGUUUUUAUACCAAAAAUAUGUGAUAUUUAUUUAGUCUGAACUAUUCACCAUUUUUCUGGAAGAAAAUAUUUUAUUACAAAAACUGAAAUGACCCUUGAUGUUACCACACACAAAGAAAUCGUUUUAAAAUGCCAUCUUGUCAGUAAAUUCGCGAAACCAAAUCUUAGCAUAAUAAUCAGAUUGCUCAAAAGUAAUGUUUACAUUCUCGUCUUUUAUAUAAAGAACUAUAUUUUUUAUGGUGUUAGGUACUUUCCCAAAGGUAUUUUCCCAAGGGCAACUUCCCAAGUGACAAUUAUAUCCAAUUGGCCACUUCCAAAUUGGACAAUUUACCAAGAGGCAAACUAAUCUCAAAGUUAGGUUAGGCCUUCUGAGGCACCGCAUGUCGUAAUAGAGGCUGAGCUCUGCGGCUACGAUGAGCUAGGGGGCCGAGCGCAGCGGCUAGAACAGGAUAGGGGGCCGAGCGCUGCGGUUAUGAAAUACUUGGGAAGGUGCUGCUUGGGUAAUUGCACGGUUGGGAAAAUACCCUUGGGAAGUUACCGCUUGGUAAAAAGCCUUUAGGAAAUUUUGUUGAUUGUGUAUUAUUGCAUUUUAGUAUAUUUUUAACUGGUGAGAUUUACUUGUUAUAUGAAAAAUAAGAUCGAACAUCAAAAAAGUCAUUUUUUAAGUCAAUUGAACUUUUUAAAAACAAAUAAUUUUGAUCAAGAGUUUAAAAAGCUUCACGCCAGAUUCACAAUGGUAAAUCUUCAAAAAAUAACAAGCUGAAGAUAUUUUUGUUUUAUCUGAACAAAAAGAUGAGUUUUGUUCUUCAUUGACUCUUUACAUAAAUCCACAAAUUACAGAGAAACUGGAGUUGAAAAUGAUUUAUUUUCAGAAAAAAACAAGAUUCUUUGAACACAGUUACCGUUGUGAUUUGAGAAACUCUUCAAAUGAAAGGACUUUUGGAACCAUGUCAUCAUAGUAAAGUUUUUUUAACGAUUUUUUGUGUAAAAGAGUCAUUAUUUUACUUUGGGAACACUGCGUCAUUUUAUUCCUAAUAUUUAUUUCAAUCAAGAAGUUAUUUAACUUAAAUUCAUGAAUGUUUAAACAAUUAAAAUUAGAUCAAAUUUUUAUGUUUUUAAAUGAAUACUUUUACCAAAUGUUUAUGUGAAAAACACGAAAUGCUGUAACAUAAGUUUGAGUGAUAUUUAAAGCCUUAUGAAUAGAAUUUAAUCAAAUGAAUAUUAUUUAUGACAGAGGUAACCAGGUGGUGCCGAAUAUUUUAUAGAUAAAGUUAUAAAAAUAAAUUUAUUUAAAGAAGUGA